AUGACGCGUUACGAUUCCUGUUCCGACUUCCAAUACAUCAGCGAGAAUGUUAUGUGCCUUUUGCAAGGUAGUUGUAUUUGUCUCCUUAACCUUGUAAACAAUGAGAGGAAGUUUUUGUUCAUUUCGUGCUGUGAGACCCUUGGGGAAGUUCGCUUCGAGUUGGCCGCAGGGGGCCAGGGUAGAAGAGACGCGAAGGUAGCGGUUGGCCUCACCACAGAGGUUGCGAUGAAGGGGGAAACGAACGGGGAAAGGGACGGAGAAAUGAACGAAGAAAUGAACGCAGAAACGAACGAUGGCAGAGACAACGUGGAGGGCAGGUAUAGCCCAUACCCCGUGAGGAAAAUCUCCUGCAGUGAGAAGGAGCAUGCCAUGGCAGUGGUCAUACAUAGAGGCUCUGGCGAUUUGCUGUGCUACCUCGUAUUCGAUGAGGCGAAUGGGUUAAACUCCUUCGAGGUGCUCUUAACACACAGGGUUAGGGAAACCAUAAAAGACGUAACACUGGGGGAUGGCAAGGUGUACCUCCUACUAAAGAGGCGCCGUGAGCCCCCCCUGCAGGAGGGAGCGCUGUCUGGAAGGGAUAACACCGGGAAGUUAAGCGACGAGUUGGACUGCAAGCUACCCUGCGACGCGGACUACCUCAUCUGCGCCCUGAAGUUGGCUAGCAACAAAAAAGAAGAAAACCCGGAAGUAAUCGCCACGCACAAGUCCUCAUCGAGAUUUAAAAAAAUGAUGGUGUGUCCCUACAAUGGGAAGAAAAUCAUUUUGGUGUCAAAAAGGAGUGUCUUCUUUGUAGCCACCUCAAAUGAACAGCCUUCAAAAGGAAACGUAACCACCGUGUCGAAGGAACUCUUCUUGAACAGUCCCAUUGUAGCAACCUCGUGGCUAGACUUCCACGUCUUCACCAUCUGCCUCUCCAAUAAUGAGCUCCUUUUUUUUGAUCUUUCCACCAAUUCGAGGCACCUGCCUCGGGUGAGGUGCCACAACAGCUACUCGAGAAUCUGCUCCAUUUUUUACCAGCCCGAGUACCUCUUCGUCGCGUUCGCUACGAAGGAAAUUGUCUGCUUCCGCGUGAACUACGGCGCGCUUCCCCCGGCCGCCUUUCGCCAGGUAACCCCCGUGGAAGAGAACUACGUGAGUACCAAGUGCUUAUUUCAAAAGAGACAGGAGAACCGGAAGGCGCAGGAGAAGCCCUCAAUGGAGGCACCUCCGAACGAACCAGGCACAAAGGAGGCGAAGGGAAAUGAACUUCUCAACAAGAGGGGACAUAUCAGGAGGAAGCCUCCGAAGCAGUCUAGAACGACCUUCGAAUCCAUAUUAAACGAAAUUAAAGAGGUGGAAAAUAAAAUAAAUGACAAAGGGUUUAACUUGUUGGAAGAGUCCGACAGGGAAGGGAGAGUCGACGAUGAGCAGGCAUGGGACACUGUUCCCUUCGCUGAGUGUGUCGCUGGUUGUGGCAGCUCGAUGGAUGGCUACCCCAGUUCGAGGGACUAUUAUUCCAAUUCAUAUUCCUCUGGAGGGGAUAAUCCUACCAACAAGGGAAAACCCUCCAAACGAGCACACCGAAAGAAGGAUCUCUCCCAAAUGCGGAAGAAACGGAAGGGAAACUUUGCUAAGUUCCACUAUGAUGAGGACAAUCUUACACAUAUCUUUACCCCCAUCUCUGUCGUCAAUUUUGAAAGGUACGUCACGCACAGGAUAAAUAGUAUCUGCCUCCACAGAGAAAAUCUAAUCAUUCAGCUUGAAAAUGGACUCUCCUACUACACAACAACUUUUGACCGAAACAGAAUGUGUCCAUCUGAGGAUUCGAGCUUCUACCUUUGUGGACACACUGCUCUGCACAAAAUAAAGGAAGUUAAAGUGGGCAGCAGAAAAGAGGUGUUCACUUUGGACGAAGCUAGAAUGCUAAAGUGUUACUCGAUUACAGAUAACCAGUUGAGCUUUGUCUGCACUGGUAGGGGAAUAAAAUGGUUCGAUGUUCUGUCCAUGAAGGGAGAAUGCAACUGCUUGUUUGUUGCCCUCACGGAUGGUUCCUUUUUUUUUAUCAAUCUAAUGAGCUGCAAGAUUCUGCUGUACGGCAGUGUGAGGCGCCACCUUGGGGGUGGCCGUGGAAGGGGAUCCAUCGAGUGCGCCCUCUUCAACAAGGUGAAUGAGCACAUCUUCAAUGGCUACUUCAAGAUGCGCGGGGCGCUUCUCUUCUUCUUCCUGAUUCACUCCGUGUCGCACCAGAAGAUGUUCAUUUACUUCGUGCAUGAGGUGCUAAUAGGGAGGCUCCUCGCGCGGCUGUGCGAUGAGGGGGGAGGUAAUAAGGACAGAAGCGAUGAACGCGGCCAGGCGGCCCAACUGCUGCUGAGCCUCUCAACAUACAGGCGCUCCGACGUCAACAUGGACGAAGACAACAACGUCCACGUGGACAACGACGACAACCACGGCAACCUGGAUCGCAGCUUCCAACGCGACUGUGACGACUAUGCCUGCCUCUUGACGGCCACCGGGGACCUAGGCAACUUCUACCUCCUCUUCGUGCAACUCAUAAAGAAGGAGUUCAUAAUGAUGCGGAAAAAAAACUGGGAGACCAACGUGCGAAUCCUCUAUUGGAAGAUGCCUCACAAGAAUGUCGUGUAUGGGAAGGUCAUUGGGAGUUACCUAGUCCUCGUGGACUUCCACUUGAAUGUCCGUUUUUUUUACCUGAACAAAGUCACAUUUGGGGAAGUCUCCUCAGGGGACUUAAACGAGGUGGCAUCCUUACUCUCGGGGAAGAAGACGUCCUUCCUCAGAAGAUUGAAAAGACCCAAGGGGAGUAGACGUGAAGGGAUGUAUGGCCCAAAUGAUGAGGAAAAUGCCUUCGAAGAAUUCAUUUUGAAGCGACGCAGAAGGAGGAAUACAUUUCGUCCAGAUGGAGUAAACGAAGAUUCAGACACCCCUCCAAAUGAACAAUCAAAUGGAGAAGAAAAAUCUCCACUGGCUCGUCUAUUUCGGAUAAACUUAGGGGAAGAAGACCUACACAUUGAUCUGAGUCAUACGGGUAAAGCUCAGUUCAUUAACGAACGGAUGGAAGGGGACGCUGCACAUAUCUGCAGCUUCCACAUCGUUACGGACUCCAACAUUGUUAUUACCUUCUCCUUUGACAGUGGGGCAUACCCACUUCAGAUGGUGAAGCCGCCUGAGGUGGAUGUCUCCUCUAUCAGAGAAACCGAACGGAUUAACUUCUUUCACCCAAUGGACAUGAAAGGUGGUACAUACAAUUUGUUCCUCACCAAGGGGAGGCACUUCCGUCUGGAGGGCGCAUCGUGUUCCCCCGGAAUGGCACCCAGAGGGGGUCACCAAGGAAGCGGUCACAAACGAGGCAACCACGAGCGAGUCACACCACUGCAAGACAACUAUAUGGGUGGAAAUCAACCCAAGCCGCAAGCACUAACCAAUGGGGACUCCUCCUUCGAACUCAUAUGCCAAAAAGACAUCUACCCUACUAUGCAAGCCACCCUGGCGAGGAUAAGUGAAGGGGGCCCAUACGCAAGUGACGUGAAUUUCUUUUUGAGGCAACCCAGUGUGGUGUUCUUAAAAGUGUACUGCAGCGCCCUGAGGAAGCGCCUGCGCGACAAGCGGGGGAAGACGUUCCAGGAGAGGGUGUCAGUGGAGUGGGGGGUGGCGAGCAGGGGGCACCGAAGUGCUGCCACGAAAGAGGUUCUCCCUGGUGAUGAUAAAGUUACGUCUUCCGCUGCAGCCACUUCAGCGGAUGCUCCUGCUUCUAUCACCUCUAUCCCCGCUAUCCAUUUCAUCGACACGCCGAGGCACACGAACUUCUUCUUCGACAACGAAACGACCAUCUUCACCUUCCUAAACGAAAACGAGUACCGUCUCCCCCUGGAGGAGUGCCUAAACAACUACGAAAAUAAAUCCUACUUGAGUACACUCCACGCGAAGAGAAAGGAAGAAAGAGAGCAAAUAGAAAAGCUACGAAACCAACUGAACGAACUAAUCUCCCAAAACGAAAACAGCAGCACUAGUAUCAAAUUAGACAGAAAAAACUUCUUUUUGGACAAAAAAAUUAUUAACGAGUCAGAAAUUUUAAUCAAUGAAUAUGAACAAAUAAAAAAAAAAUUUGAAAAAAAAAAACUAGCCAAGGAGUACCUAAUAAAAAAUCUAGAGAAAAAAUGCUCCCCUCUCGCACAAGUCGACUUUCUCUUCGGAUUAAACACAAACGUAUAUGUGACCAAUGCGUCUAAGAAAAGCAACUACCAUCAGUCUUCUCCCAUUAGAGAGAAAAUCAAAUUGCUGCGCUUCCUCCAAAUUAAAGAAUCGGACUUUUUCCAAAAUGUAGAAAAAAAUAAUAUCCUCUGCUUUUUAAAGACAACAAAAGAUUAUAUAGAUCGAUACACUGAAGACUUUUCUUCUCUCUUCUUUUCUCACUACUACCCCUGCACAAACAUGAAUUUGAAUUAUCUGUACGCUAACUUGUUCGGAUCCUCUUUCUCUGCCAGCGGGGUGGACAACGUGCAGUGGAAUUACCUCCUCUACUUCCCCUGCGAGUUGUUCACGAACGCAAGGAAGCGCCUGCAGUGCUACGUGCUGCAGAUGCUUAUCGACCAGCAAAAGGCCAAAUUCCGGAGCCACUUCCUCGCCCUGAAGGAAGAAAAGAAAAAUUACGUUGAAGAAAUCAGCUUGGUGUCCAACAAGCUGAAGCUCUCCCUGGAAGCUACGGAGAAAUAUUUUAGCCAUCCCUACUCUCACCUCAUCCACCCCGGCCUCUACAACAGGGGAGCGUUAAAAGGAGUGAAUAGGGACGCUCUCCCUGUUUCGAAAAAAUUCGACCCUGACGUGCUGCUCAGAAUGCACCUGCACAAGCUCAAGGUGGAGAGUCAAAUGGGGGAUGCCUUUGACGAACAUGGAAAAGGGGACCUAACGAUGGAGGCGCAAAAGAAGGGGGACCAUUUUGCCAUGGGAGCCAGCGAACAAGAGGCGGACAAGGAACCCCCCAAAGAUACAUCCCCUUGCGAGAACGAAGCGGACCAAGAAAGUGUUGAGAUCCACGAGAAGAAGAAAAAUGACGUAAGAAAUGCGCUGUCUGAUGUGAAGAGUUACAUCUAUCAGAUCUCCGACCAGUGUGAGGAGUUCAAUGAGAAGUUAAAACAGUUGAGGAAAAAGAAAUACAACAUACAGAAGCUCAUCAAGCUGCAUGAGCUGUACUGUAUUGCCACUUACGCCACGUUAAUAAAUGAAGAAAGGAAGGAAGAAGCUCUACGCCAAAUAGAAAAGAAGAGGACUGCAGUGGAGGGGCAAUUGCUGAAACUUGAGGAAUCGAUGAGACAAUUAGACGUACUACAGAAACACAGAAGGAAUUUCACCCUAAGUGAAUUGCUCACGAGGAAGAAGCAGAAGUUCGAGAAAAGGUUCCUCCACGAGUGCAGCAACUUCGACGUCCUCAUGGAGCAGAAAUAUGAAAACGUCAUCGGAUUCGACUUCGACUCCAGGAAGAAUCUGUUCAUAAGGAAAAAAAUAAUCCAGAAACACAUUGCAGACACGAAUCAAAUUAUCCAUGAGAAUUUCGAGCUCAGAAGGAGCAUCCGAAAACUAAAGCACGAAAUUUGCAGAAACAAAAUAAAAAAAGACUACCUGCACUUCUCACUCAUGGAUAUAGAAGAAGGGGUCGACGACGUCAAAUAUCUGAAACAGAACUGCGAGUUUCUCUUUAGUGACAUAAAUAAUGUGAUCAGCUCACUGGAGGUGAAGAAAAAAAACAGGAAACUCAUUUUUCAAAUGUCGGAACAGAAGCUACGGGAGCAAAUUAGCAACGUGGACGCGAAGAUUUCGGCGAUCAAAUCUGAGAACGUCGUGUUAGAGGCCAACAUGCGGAGCCUCCUAAAGGAGAUUAGCCAAAUGGGCAAGGCGACGCAGGGCGACCAAACGGAAGACGCGACCCACCUACUCGAGACGAAGGGAAACUUGGAAGACGACAAUUCUGCGCGCGCAGGGAUGUCCUUCAAAUGCUCUGAUGCGGAUGUAGAGGGAGAGACCACCGAAGAAAAUGAAUCCAACAUCGCGCCAGAUGUAGAGAAACGGGCCGACGGAGAGAACCAACCGAAUGAGGCGCCAGAUGUAGACAGGGAGAUGGGCCAAGAAAAUGAACCCAACGGUGCGGCGGAACAAAACCGCGACGACGCACAUAAGCAGGCCCCGGACCUGGCCGCCGCUCCGGGAGAGAAAAAACAGACAAAACUGCGCAUCAGGGACAUCCACGAAAAGAGUGCCUUGCUACGGAAGAAAUAUAAGUGA